AUGAUGCAGAACUACUGCCACGAGCUCGACUCAAUGAUUUUAAAGGCGGUACAAAAUGAAGAAGAGUACAAUCGCCAGAUGGCCGGGGAGCCACCGACCCCUGGACUGACGAUGGUAACCUUGGAUACGAACUGGAAGAUUAUCAACGAUAUACAUUUGAGAAUUCUCUCGGCGCUGGAGAAGCUAUCGACAGAGUGGAUUAGCCGGUUUGUUACCCAGAAGGAGACCGAAGAGCUGGGAGCUCAACCAGCAGGGGAGGUUGAGGAGCUUAUUGCAGACUUGUCAUUACAAACCCUCCCUAACACUAUCUUUGGCUUUCCAGACUUGGACUUUGCAGAUUCACCACCUCCACAGUCGCCUAAAAAGCCGACCAAGGACUCAGGCCUCGAGUGA